UACAAGAUUACCUUUAUUUUUUAGUUAGGACUGUCAUUAUUCUCAUGUAAUUUUUCAGUAAAAUGGGUGAUUCACCUAAGGAUCGCAGACCCCGUGACAAGGACCGCCCCCGCCGCGAUAGGGGUGGUCGCAUGGAUAUCAGUCGAGACCGCAGUAAUGAUAACAGAGGGGGUGGUGGUAGGGAACCCCGCAGCAUGAGGUCCUCUCAAAAUAGAGUGUUUGUAUCAAAUAUUCCAUAUGAGUAUCGUUGGCAGGACAUCAAGGAUUUAUUUAGGAGUAAAGUUGGUGAUGUUGCUUUUGUUGAACUCUUUGUUGACGAUAGUGACAAGCCUAAGGGCAGUGGAAUUGUUGAAUUUUCUGACUCGGAUGCGGUUUCAAAAUGUUUGGAGGUAAUGCAACGUCACGAAGUAAAAGGUCGCAAGCUUGUUGUAAAGGACGAUGGAGGCGUGACUCGUGACAAAUCCGGUGCCAUCUUGGGCGGCAGAAGAAACAACAACAACCGCGACAAUGAUAGGUUUAGAGAUGAUCAUCAUCGUGGUGACUUGGGUAAUAGCUUGUCUCUGAGAAACAACGAUGAAUCAAAAUGGGGCAACACUUACGGCUUGAGUCCCCAGUUUCUUGAAUCUUUGAAAAUUGAUCCCCCGCUAAAUAAUAAAGUGUUUGUGGCCAAUUUGGACUACAAUAUAGACAAGAAAAAGCUUAAAGAAGUAUUCCGACUAGCUGGUCGCGUUAUUGGCAUAGACCUGCCGCUAGACAAGGACGGUAAGGUGCGAGGUUUCGCUGUCAUCGAGUACGACCAUCCCGUAGAAGCUGUCCAAGCAAUUUCCAUGCUCCAAGGUCAAGUUUUGAACGAAAGAACUUUGGCGGUUCGCAUGGACAGGGUGAAUGAAUCUAUGAAGUUGCCAGACGGGUUGCGCUCGCUCGGCAUGGGAUUGGGCCCCAAUGGGGAACCUUUGAAGAAUGUAGCUCAUAAUUUGCCAUCUUUGAGUAAUAAUAGUUCAAGUUCCGGUGGGGUGGGUUCUGGAAUUUUGGGGGCAGUUCCCAAUAAUUCUUUGCAAUUGGCUAAUGCUCUGUCAGGUCUUGGAGGUGUCGGUAACUUAGCCAAUCUGAAUAGUUUGCAGUCAUCAAAUUUUACCGGUCUUGCUAAUACGUUGUUGGGAAACGGGUUGGGGGCUACUGAUCUCUCGUCGCUGGUUCAGAACCCUCUCGCAGCCCAAAACACAGCGACCCAUCAACAGCUCGCGGCCUUGGCCGCACAAAAUACCAAUUCAAACAAUUUGGGAAGUUUCAACAACCGAAGCUCAGCGUUAGAUUUAAUAAGAUUGUUAAAAACGAAUCCAUAAUCAACAGUUUUCUGAUGCAAAUAUAAAUACAUCCCACCUACCUAUAUACAUCAAUCAUUGCCAGCAAAUCAGUAUCCAUGAAAUUGUAAAGAUCAAGCAAUGUCGGUACAAGUAUCUGUGAAUACCAAUAAAUUUAGAAUAGGAAUUAAAAAUUGAAGCAUUCAGUGGGAAAAAAAAGUUAUUCAGAAAAAUGUAUUUCAAGAUAAACUGGCUAUAUAUUGUGAGUGGUGCAGUCACAAGAUAAUUCGAGUUAUAGUAUAUUGACUUAUGUAAGUUUUAAUUUCAGUGGGUCUACUUUAGAUGAGUUCAGAAAAAAAAAUCUUAACAACAUCAAAUUAUUUGAUUCAAAUAUAAAUUUUCCCACUGAUUAUAUACAGUGUGUCCACUUAAGUUACCUUAACCUUCUAACUUCAUGCAUAAUAAUUUUACAGGAGAAGCAAAAAACCCUUUCAUGUAGAUAUAAGUAGUAGAAACAAAAUAAUUAAGGGCCUCCUUUAAAGGAACUACUGAUCUAAUUUAUUAUCAGUAAUGCAUUUUGAAAAACAUUCUAUUAUAAAUGUUUUUUGUUUACAUUUUGGAGUUACAUGUUAUACAGGCUUAACUUUUGUGGAGGGAAGCCAUGUAAUGUAUGCUAUGCAAUGUAAUUUUUCAAUUUAAGUGCUAGGUUUUGACAGGUAAAAUUAGAAAUUAAUAUAUUUUAUUCUGUAAAUCGUAAAAUGUAAAAACAUAUUUGUUUAAGAAGUCUUUUAACAAAACUGAAUAUUAUAACACUAAUGCUAAUUAGGUAGAAUUACAUUUUUUAAUUGAAGGGAAUAACAUGAUAAGCUGUAACAUUAAUUUAAUAAGGAAACACGUCUUCAAAGGUUAAAAUAAAUUUCUAUAAAUACUACAACUUUGUUAAAAUGCAAUAACUUGAUUUUUUGGCUACUUAUGGUAUUUGUUGGAGAAUUUUCAUUUAGUUCAAGCUUUUGUAAUUUUAUUUGUCAUGAAGUAAAAAUUCAUUUACUUUAAAAAGUGCGUCUUAACACGUUUUUACAAUAUGCCCUUCAAUCCUUGUAUAUCCUCAUUUUUUUAAGUUUAAGACCAUUUAAAACAGCUGCUUAUUAUUUGUAACAAAUCAUUGUUGAUAAUACUUAGGGGAAGGGGAGGAGGGGAGCAAUUCACCCAACCACUUACAUUUAGAGGGGAGUGAAGUGACUUAUCCUUUGGAGGCCCCCGCUUUUAGUUUUUUCUAUCCCUUGCCAUUUAGGCAUGGCAGAGGAAGAGAAGGGGUUUUUAUUUUGUUUUUCGUGCGCUUUGUUAUCCAUCCAUGUAAUGGGUGGCACAAAAUUGAUCAAAUGCAUUUGAUCUAAAAAAAUAUUUUAUCAAAUAAUUGAUAAAAAAAAGAAAAUGAUCGAAAAGAAAAUUAAUCGAAAAUAUAUUUGAUAGAUAAAGCAAUUGAUUGAAAAAUCCAAUAUACAUUAAAUUAGUAAAAAUAAAAAAAAUUAACAAUUCGUUUACCUUACCUGUGUGAAAGCAAUCAGUUAAAUUUAAAUGACUCCACGCCGCACAGGUUAGGUAAAGUAGUUACGAUUUAUGUGAAAAAAUAUUUACCUAAAAUGUCCCGUCGGGAGACAACUCGACCUUACUAAAAUGCAUAUUUUGUGUAAAUUAAUCAUUCAUAUAGCACCAGGAAUUAUCAUCGGAUAUCAAAUUUUUACAAUAGUAUACGAGGUUAAUUUUUUAAACAAUAGCAAUAGGGUGCAUAAAUGAAUUAUUAAAUAAAAUAUUAAAUUACUCUUAAACAUUUUAAAAUUAAAAAAGCGGUAGAUUCAGGUACCUUUUCUAUUCAUUCUCUGAAAAAUGUGAAGAUAUUUCUCAAUAAACAAGUGAUACUGGUUUUAACUGAAUAUCUCCAGUAAAGCGUUUAUUUUAUUAUUUUUUAACCAUCCUGUUAAACUGAAUACUAAUUUAUUAAAUUUCAGGUGAUAAUAAUUUUGGCAGCCUGCAAUCUCAAAACAACCAGAAUUCUUUCUCUAGCAAUUUAGGAGGAGGAAGGAACUAUUCCGGUGGAGGUGGCAACCUCGGUGGAAAUAACUUCGGCAACAACUUCGCUAAUAACGGCGGAAAUGGUUACAACAACCGAUCCGGCAUGGACAACAGACAAGAUGGGGGUGGAGGAAAGAGUUUUUCCAAGAAAAUUUUAAUCUCUAAUUUGCCUCCUACUGCCAGUUACAAACUCCUGAAUGAAAAGUUUUCUGAAUUUGGGGAAGUUCAGGGGUUUGAAGAAAAAGGUCAUGGUAGUGUUCUCGUAACUUACGGAUCUGACUGGCAAGCUGAGAGAGCGAUCAAAAAUUUGGACAAAGCUCGAAUAGAUGGGCGCAUGAUUGAUGCAAGAUUGUAUUUUUAAGUCAAGAUAUUUAAUUUAUCUUCAUUGUCUAGUAUAAAAUAUCAGUUACAAUUAUUUGUGUACUAUGUGAUCCAUUUUUCAGUCAUUAUAGUAAGUGCUGUAAUUGAAUUUUUAUGAAUUGAAAAAGAUGAUAAAUUUUCGACUUACAAUUUUUAAGAACACCUUAUCACGUGUAUGUUUCGUUUUGUUCACACAUAAAUAAUUUAAUUUCAAGUAUUAAGUGUUUACACGUAGUGUAUGUGUUAAUUUUACAAAUUAGACGUUUUAUUUUUUAUUAUCAACAUAUUUGGUUUGUAACUUUAGACCUAAAUUAAAUAAAUACUUAGGGAA